AUGUCGUUCACCCAAGUUUCUCCCCCUGCCAUUUUUCUUCAAUCUCUCACCAAUACUGCUGGUGAGCAUCAAAAUCAGAUGUUUAUAUCUAAAACAUCGAUGCUUUCUCCGAAAAUGGAGCCUCAAAUAUUAUCAAAGACCAGCAUUAAGUCUGCUCAAAAACCCUCAACAAACAACGAUACCUCCAAAAGUGAUUCACCGGAGAAGGAUUCUAAUAUAGUCUUUUAUGACGAUUAUACUCGAUGUGAUGUAUCAUCUGAAAAUAUUAUCACUGUUGGGGGACGCAAAAGCAUUUUAGCAGUGGUUCAAAGUAAAUGUAUUGCAUCAGAACUUCAUACUGCUUGCCCACUGCAUUCCUUUCCAGUUGUCGCACUCUCUACUUUAGGGGAUUUGGUACAAGGAAAACCCUUAUAUUCGUUUGGUGGGAAAAGCUUAUGGACAAAAGAACUGGAAACUCUUAUGCUUGGUCAAUAUGAAAAUUUACCAAAGAUUGACAUUAUUGUCCAUUCAUUAAAAGAUAUGCCCACAGCCUUACCCGAAGGUUGCAUACUUGGUGCUAUAACGGAACGAGAAGAUCCUCGUGAUGCUGUUGUUAUGAAAGCUUCCUCCCCAUAUGUUCAUUUGAGGGAUCUGCCACAUGGUUCGGUUGUUGGAACAUCAUCUAUUCGUCGCUCUGCUCAACUUAAAAAGAAUUUUCCACACUUAGUUUUUGAAUCUGUUAGAGGAAAUGUUCAAACUAGGUUACGAAAAUUAGAUGAUCCUUCUUCGAAAUUUUCCUGCAUAAUAUUAGCGGUUGCUGGUCUUAACCGCUUAGGAUUGGGUCAUAGAAUUACUUCUUGUCUUGACGCUCCUGAUAUGUAUUAUGCGGUUGGACAAGGUGCUCUUGGUAUUGAGAUUCGAAGUAGUGAUGAAAAAGUGAAGGAAUUAUUAGAAAAAAUUAGCCAUAAGGAAACUUAUUUAAAGUGUCUUGCGGAAAGGUCACUUUUACGGACGCUAGAAGGUGGAUGUUCUGUACCUAUCGGUGUUAAGACUUCUUUUAUUUCACCUGGUAAUCUCGAGUUUACGGGGAUAGUUGUAUCAGUUGAUGGAACUGAAUAUGUGAAUGAAACAGUUACUGGAAAAGUCACAACUGAUAAGGAAGCCAACGAACUAGGAGAGCUAUUAGCCAAGCGGUUAAUUGAGAAUGGGGCUAAGAAAAUCCUGGAUCAAAUUCAUUUGGAUCAAAUAAAAUAA